UCUAUUGUGAUUUGUGCAAGUGUAUCCAGAUUCCAGAAAGUGUAUCCAGAAAGACUGCAGCAAUUAUCAAAUGAAUUAAGGCGUUCUUUUGACCACGUCAUUAACAUGAUAACGAAUUGUCUGGGUAAAGGACAUCACCAGACACAAUGGCCAGCUGCAGGCUUGUGGCAUCUUCUAUUCUGUCUUCCAACCUCCGACCAUACCUGGAUGGCAUACCAUGUAGUCACUGGGAAGCAAGGCAAUGGAUUAAGCAAUACCUGAAUAAACGCGGGGGCUGGGCAGACUUGAGUACAAUAUGCACUGCAAGGUCAAGCGGUCCAAGGACAGACAGCUUUCCAUGUAGAUGUAAGGUCACUGAAGUGAUGAGAAGCGCAACCUUCCUGAAGGAAUUUCUUGUUAGAGAAAAUGUGGUGUGCUUGAUGACAGCCUAUGAAAGCGGUCUCCGGAAGAUGGAACAUCUCCUUGAGGAGAAAGGCCCUUUAACAAUGAAUAUACUUCUUAGGAAUCUGAGGCAGAAAGUUACAGAAGGUGAGGAAGUGGCCCUUGGAAGAAACAGAAGAGAACUGAAGACCACAAUCUGCAACGAGUCAGCCAUUUUUGCCAGGGAGCAGUCAACUGGUUUGAUAGUGCUACGUGGGGUCCAUGCGGUGCUAGAUCCCUCCUGUUGUCAUUCAGGCAUAAUAGGAUGGAUCGAGCAGUAUCUUAAGGAGCAUGCUGGAUGGACUUCCAUUGAUGAUAUGGACAAGGUAAGAUCGGAGCUUCUGACAAGUAAGUAUUCUUGUCAAUGUGCCAUAAGAUCCUUGCUUAUGCUUCCUAACAUCCGCAAGCAUUUCCAUGUGCAAGGGAAUACUGUCUAUGAAAAGUCAUAUCAUCAGUCUGGUCUCCAGAAAGUGACAGAUGUUCUAGUGAGGAAUGGUCCACAGAAGGUAGAUGAUUUGCUGCAUAUGCUGAAAGAAGCAGAGCAUCUGUCUGAGAGAGAACUAAGGGCUCUCGGAGACAAUAAGAAGGAUUUUGCAGAGACCAUUUCUAAAGAGCCUCAAAUGUUCCAACCGUUAUCACAGUCAGGUAGAGUUCACUUGAAAGCUGGUAGUUUCAAGCCCUGCAGACAUUAUGUCAGGACUGAAUGGAUUAACAGAUACUUGAAGGAACGUGAUGAGUGGGUUAGUAUUGGAGAGAUCACUGCAGCCAUUUCUAAAAUCCCUACUCAUGAUGGUGAAUGUAGCUGUGACAUUUCUACCAUACUCCUGGAUGACAAGUUACCUUUCCAUGUUCAGGGUAAUCAAGUUAUGUCACAGUCAUUGUUUACGUCGAACUAUGAAAGAGGCAUAAAGAAGAUAAAAGUUUUCUUGCAGAAGAACGGCCCUCAACCAGUAGGCAUACUACUGAACAUGCUCAAACACGAAAAGAUAAUGACAGCAAAUGAAGAGAAAGUGACAGGGCGAAACAAGAAGGAGCUGGCAUAUACCAUUGCCAGAGAGCCCAAGAUCUUCAAGUUUGCAUCACCUCCAGGCAUUGUAAUGUUGAGGAAUACCCAUCAUGAAGGCAGUAACCAAGUCACUAAAGUUGUCGAGUAUCUAGAGAAGUAUCUGAGAACAUCCAAGACUAGUUUUGUAAAGACACUUCUAAAUCAAGUCGUCAGACAUGAGUCUUUGAGUACAGGUUGCAUUUCAGGAAUGCAUUCACUCAGGAAGUUGCUAGCAGCGUACCCAGAUCGCUUCCUCAUCCAUGGUGAUGGCAGAGUAUCCCUGACAAAGAGUCGUCGAAUGGCUCUUAGCGACCCUGCAAAGUCAUGCGCAACUAAGAGAUAUGGAACCUCUGAGAGUGCAUCCACAUUAUCUACAAAGGACAUCAGAGUUGGACAGUCUGCUGAGGAGACUGCACAGACAAGAGUACAUAGUUCCUUUACUGGAGAUAUCAUCUCCUCCAAGCCAUUGGACAUCAGUGACAAGAACAAUAAUCUUGACUCUAUUACCAGUAACAAACAAAGGGAGAGUUUUCAUGAAGCUUGUAAAAGUGAAUCAUCAAGAGAUCUAGACAGAGGCUUGAGGUUUGUGGAAAAGCUCCUAGAAAGUCAUGGACCUAUGGUCUUACAAGACAUUCACACUUCCAUAGUAGCUUCUCACAAACUUGACAGACCUACAAGAAGGACCCUGGGAAGAACUCCGGAGGAACUGCUCUCAAUUCUCCUGUUUCAGAAGGAUACUUUUCAUGUCAUCCCGCCAAGUGACCUAGUCGUCUUGCACAAGACGACCCAAAUGAGAUUGAAUCCAUGGACAAACUGGUCUGAAGAAAGUAGAGGAAUAUUUGACAGAAAGUCGUCAACUAAAUCGGCUUGUGGAUUUCAUCAGGGAAAACCUUACAGCAAAAGAGAGGCAAGUGUUUGGGCAUACAAAGAAGAAGGAACUAGGAGUGCCAACAGUUUUGGAGAGUCCUCCACCACAUCCCAAGGACCCGUAGAAGAGUGUAGAGCAUCGAGCAAGACAGGAGACAUCUUUCACCAGUUAUUGCUUCUUCUCACAAGUACAACUAUUCUCAAGGUGGUAUUUGAUGUCCAAAGGAUCUGUGCUAUAUUGUGUGAGAAGAUGCCACUCCGCCUUGAUAAUGUUUUCGAUAUCAAGGUGGCGAAUCAGCUCAUUAGCUGCACAUCCCAUUGUAUACCCGACCCUCCAUCAUUCACAGAGCUGUGUGAGAAGUACAGCGUGACCCCAUCAGCGGUGGUCCAUGUGUCCUGUCAGAUUCCUGGAGGAGUAGAUGCCAGUGAUGUGGCAAUAAUUAAGAACAUGGCAGUCAUGACCUGUACCCUCAUACCACAUUUUCUGCACAAGAUGUUCAGAGACAUGAAGGUGGAACUUCUCACGGAGCACAAUUGCAUUGUUGAAGAACUCUGUAAGGCCUGGGGCCCGAGUUUGCAGUCAAGAGGACAACCCACUCAGUUAAGAAGUCCCAAAACAUAUCCUAACAUAUCUUCAGUUCGAGAGCAGGGGAUGUCCAGCCCGCAACUGCCCAACCCUCAUCUUCCUGAUCCUCCUGUUCUUUGUGUAGAAGACGAUUGCUCUGCUUGGGAAGUAGGUUAUGAUCCAGGGAGAUGUCUUCCAAAGAAUCCUAACACAAUCUCAGUCCAAGGGCAGGGAAUGUCCAGCACGCAACUGCCCAACCCUCAUCUUCCUGAUCCUCCUGUUCUGUGUGUAGAAGAUGAGUGCUCUGCUUGGGAAGCUGGUUAUGAUCCAGGGAGAUGUCUUCCAAAGAAUCCUAAUACAAUCUCAGUCCAAGGGCAGCAGAUGUCUUUGACCAGCACCCAGAUGCUCAACCCUCGUCUUCCUGAUCCUCCUGUUCUGCAAGCUGGAGAGCGCUGUAUUCCAUGGGAUCUGAUUCGCGGUCAGGAAGAUGUUUUCCUGAGGAUGCUUGCACAAAUUCAAGCAAAGAACGCAGGUCGUCUUCCAAAGAAUCCUAACACAAUCUCAGUCCAAGGGCAGGAGAUGUCUUUGACCAGAACCCAGAUGCCCAACCCUCCUCUUCCUCUUCUCCUCCUCCUAUUCUGCAAGCUGGAGAGCGCUGUAUUCCAUGGGAUCUGAUUCGCGGUCAGGAAGAUGUUUUCCUGAGGAUGCUUGCACAAAUUCAAGCAAAGAACGCAGGUUGUCUAUAACAAGGAUGCAUGCAGAUACCCAACCGUCAGCUCCAAGAUCCUCGCGUUCUUCAUGUGGAAGAGCUUUGUACGGCCUUGGAUUCUGGUAUGGGGGUAUUCCAGUGUCCCCUCACCCAAAGAGCAUCUUUGACUAGCUUGCAGGUGUCCAACCCUGCUCUUUGAGAUCCUUGUCCAUCACAAUAGCAUGGAGGGAGAGCCAUGUUUGCAUUAUUUAAGUGAUACAGAGAAUUUAAGAAUUUUUUUAUACAUUUAGAAUGUUAAAAACAAACGAAAUGUAGGUGCCCAUACUCACAAAAGUGGUAAUAAUAAUAAUAAUAUGUCUUGUUUACCCAGGGUAGCCUCAUCAGCAUUCAUACUGUUCUCCCUGAGGGCCCUGCGAUCAUAUUAUU